GCUGAUGAGGAGGACAAUAUUGGGUAUGCUGAAGGAGCCACAGAAGGUUACUGCAAAGAACAGAAGAAACCAAAGGUUAUCUUCAUGAUGGGUGGGCCGGGAUCUGGUAAGGCUGUGCAGUGCGAACGGAUGGAGGAGAGGUUUGGUCUUCGCCGCGUCACCCUGGGCGACCUGUUAUGUGGCGAGUUGCAAGGUCACAGUGAGAGAGGACGCCACCUGCGGGACGUUCUGGAGAGAGGAGAGAAAUUGCCAGAGGAGACACUGAUGGAGCUGCUGUUUGACGCAGUGGUGUCGUCCAUGCGACAGGGAAAGGGUCUGGUUGUCAGUGGCUUCCCCAGAGACCUGAGGCAGGCGGAGGAGUACGAGGCCAAGAUGGGGGAACCGAGUGCCGUGGUCCUGCUGAGCUGUUCUCCAGAGACCAUGUCCAGCAGGAUGCAGAACCGCAGGAGAUCCUCCUCCUCCUCCGACAGGGAGAACGCCCUGCAGAAGAGGGCCCAGAACUUCUGCAGCGAUGUCCAGGCCGUCAUAGCUUACUAUGAACGCAAAACCCUGCUCCAAACGAUCGACGCCGAGCGUUCGCCACAUGAGGUGUUUGCCCAGAUCUGCCGAGCCUUAGAGUCAUCUGCCACCUACUAAUUCUCAUCAUUUCCACCCUGAUGCUCACCAGCCCCACCGUUGAAGAAGCCCCACCCCUUUCCAUUACCUCCACAACUCCCUCACACCUGCACCAGCUUAUUGAACUUAUGUGGUAUGCAUGCCUCACCUGCAGUCAGUUAAACCCUAUCCACUUCAUUUUGCUUGGCCCCACCCCAGAUCUUACAUUAACCUCAGUUUAUGCUGCCAACUGAACGAGGCUCAACUGUACAGAUAAAACAGCUUUCCCUGCUGCCACUGAGAGCACGCCGGACGUUUCCACCAAAGGCAAAGCAAGACAGACGAAACGUCAGCGUGUUUCCAUCCCCGUGCUCAGCACUUUGCUUUGUAUCGUAACAAGCAUGCAGCUCUAACAGUUUAAAGCUUAAAACUGCCUUUCUAGCAUUAAAUAAAAAGCAGCGGCGCUUUAAGAGUAUUAGGAUUACCGCAUUUGUAUGUUUUAAAAGCUCAUUGUACUGAUUUUUGUUUGAGUGGUAUCUGACAUUCCAAUAAAGCC